GAGAAAAUAGCAGUUCUGCAGCAGAUAGUGUAGGGGAAAGAGACUGGGAUAUGCAUAUGCAGCUGACUAAAGCAGGCUACAUGCUGGACUGUAACAGAGAGGAAACAAUAAAUCCUGGCUACUAUGCAAUAAAUAUUCCCAAUUUUAACUAAGGAAGCUUUCAUUAUAGUGAAAUAAAAAAAAAUCCCAAAAAAUUUUAGCCAAAGCUGUUAUUUAAUACUUUCCUCCAGUCCUUUUCCCAAAGAUUUUUUUUUCCCAAUAAAAUAAAGAACAAACUUAAAAGAAAGAGGAGGGAAAAGUUUCUGUAAAAGUAGGAGAGGAGAGUGAUAGUGAUAACAUGACAAUUUUCCUUUCCUUUGCUUUCCUGGUUGCUCUUCUGACUCACAUAGGGUGCAGUAACCAACGUCGGGGUCCUGAUUCCAGUGGGAGAAGAUAUAAUCGGAUUCAGCAUGGGCAGUGCACCUAUACUUUCAUUCUUCCAGAACAAGAUGGGAACUGUCGUGAAAGCACGACAGAUCAGUACAACACAAAUGCUCUUCAGAGAGAUGCUCCUCACGUGGAACAGGAUUUCUCUUCCCAGAAACUGCAACAUCUGGAACAUGUGAUGGAAAAUUACACUCAGUGGCUACAAAAACUUGAAAACUACGUUGUGGAAAAUAUGAAGUCAGAGAUAGCUCAAAUACAGCAAAAUGCGGUUCAGAACCAUACAGCCACUAUGCUUGAAAUAGGAACCAGCCUUCUAAGUCAGACAGCAGAGCAGACAAGAAAACUCACGGAUGUUGAAACCCAGGUACUAAAUCAAACAUCCAGACUUGAAAUUCAGCUGCUGGAAAAUUCAUUAUCUACUUACAAGCUGGAAAAACAACUGUUACAACAGACACAUGAAAUCCUGAAAAUUCACGAGAAAAACAGUUUACUUGAGCAUAAGAUAUUAGAAAUGGAAGAAAGACAUAAGGAUGAGUUGAAUACUUUGAAGGAGGAAAAAGAGAAUCUGCAAGGCUUGGUUUUACGCCAAAGCUACAUAAUCCAGGAACUAGAGAAGCAACUAAACAAGGCAACAAAUAACAACAGUGUCCUGCAGAAACAACAGCUGGAAUUGAUGGACACAGUUCACAGUCUGGUCAAUCUCUGUUCCAAAGAAGGAGUUUUACUAAAGAAUGCAAAAAGCGAGGAAGACAAGUCAUUCAGAGACUGUGCAGAUGUGUACCAAGCUGGUUUUAACAAAAGUGGGGUCUACACUAUUUAUAUUAAUAAUAUAUCAGAGCCUAAAAAGGUAUUUUGUAAUAUGGAGGUCUCAGGAGGAGGAUGGACAGUUAUACAACAUAGAGAAGAUGGGAGUCUGGAUUUCCAAAAAGGAUGGAAAGAAUACAAAAUGGGUUUUGGUACCCCAUCAGGUGAACAUUGGCUGGGGAAUGAGUUUAUCUUUGCAGUAACGAGUCAGAGGCAAUAUUCUCUAAGAAUUGAGUUAAUGGACUGGGAAGGAAAUCGGGCAUAUUCACAAUAUGACAGAUUUCAUAUAGGAAAUGAAAAACAGAAUUACAGGCUGUAUCUAAAAGGGCAUACAGGAACAGCUGGAAAACAGAGUAGCCUGAUCUUACAUGGUGCUGAAUUCAGUACUAAAGAUGCUGACAAUGACAACUGCAUGUGCAAAUGUGCCCUCAUGCUAACAGGAGGCUGGUGGUUUGAUGCUUGUGGCCCUUCCAAUCUGAAUGGAAUGUUCUAUACCGCGGGACAUAACCAUGGAAAACUUAAUGGGAUAAAAUGGCACUACUUCAAAGGUCCCAGCUAUUCCUUACGUUCCACAACAAUGAUGAUUCGGCCUUUAGACUUUUAAACAUACCCAGGAGUAAAUGAAACAAUAAAAGUGAAGAACUUCUUGUGUAGCCUUCAGAAGAAGAAGAAGACAAGGGGCUUCUUGGACACAGCAAGUUGGAGCUACCUCAAAAUUGCUCCACUAUCUCUUCCCUGCCUGCCUAGCUCUACACAAGUCGCUUCCUGUGCUGAAGACAUUGGGACAGCUCAGCUCACAAGGAGAUAGCUGUAAUGAUUUUUCCAGCAAAGGCUAACAAGUGAUCUUCAUGUUCUGGUUAUUAUGAAUGAAUCUAGCACCAGCCAGCUGAUGUCUUUUCCUUUGUAUAAGGAUGCAAAAAUAUACAGGAUUAUACAGAAAUAAUAACGUAUUUUGAAGAACAGAAAUAAAUCUGCCAUAAUCCAUUGAGAAGAAUUUGUUUCAACACUGCAAUAUCAUUACAUCUAUACAAAAGUAUUACAGACAUGGCUUCAUUAAUGCGUGUCUUAAAAUAUCUGAGAUGACCACUCUAAUCAUUGUCUUUCUUAAGUGAACUGAAUUUAGAUGGAUGCAUUUCUCUUACUCCCAGCAUUAAAUAGCAUACACUAGAGUUUUUUUUCAUGAACCCCUUCUAAAAUAUAAAACCUGUUCUUGAUAAAUCUACAGGGUCACAGCACAUGAAGAAUAAUAAGGAUAAUAUGCAGAAAAUCUUCAUUUGCUCUGUAUUGUUAGGGCAAGUAAGUGUAAGUAAUCCAGAUAAUUGGCAUAAUCCCUGAGCUAGGAUUUAUAGUGUGAUAACAAAAGUAACCAUGGUUUUUUUUCCUGUUGCAGCUUUUUCCUACUUUAAAGUAGCCUGAAUGACACAUUGAAAAAUUGGAGGAACGUUUAAAGAAUGUGAACUAUAUCAUGGUAAAAUAUAUUGCUUUGUGUAUAAUGUUUCAUUGGAACAUACACAGGAAAGGAGACUAUUAGGAUGUAUAGAAAUGGUAUAAAUGCAUAGUUUAAGCAGAUGGGUUCAUUUUACAUUAUCUUUGCAUGUGCACAAUUUAGUGUUAAUUAUUUUGAAUUUUAUUAGAGGUUCAUUUCUUCACUGUAUUAUUUCAUUUUUGUGAAUAAUUGAGGCAUGUCAGUUCUACACUGUGCUUUGGCUACUACUAUAAAAAUCGCUCGUUGCAGUCUUAUAAAGAAUAAAGGAAUAAUUAUUAAUUGUAAAUAGCAUGUUUAUAUUUACAUCAAUGGCCAUUUAAUUUUCUACAUGCAACUUUGAUGCUAGUCAAUGCAAAUGACUGUAUUAAUCACAAAAGGUUGUACUAUUCAACUCUAGAAAGGUGCUAUACAUAUCACUUCCCAGGAAAAGGGAACCCAGAGAGGUGAAUAUUUCAACUAUUGGAAUUGAAGGUGCCUUAACAACAAGGAGAACUUGGGAGAAAAAGGUUCAGCUGUAAGCAAAGCUGACCCUACAAGGCUUUCUGUUUAAAAUCUCUGCUGAUCUACUCUUAUUAAGGGGAAGGCAGGGAAUCCACUUUGGAAACUAAUUUCUACACAUUCAGUUCUCUAUGCCCACUGAAGUCAAAAGUAAUAUUCUUAUUGGCUUCAGAAGAAGCCAUGUCAUGCCCAUGAUAUUUUUUGUUUGUGUUUGUGUCAUAUUAAAAACAUGCUGUUAUUGGAAAUAGGCAAAGCAACAGAUUUUUUUUUAAAGGAAUGAUGGUAUUUGACCAACCAAGCUCUGUGUUCUUUAACAGCUUUCUUCUAUUUAAGAGAAAAAAAAGCUGCAUGGAUUUUGUUGGCAGCAUGGAAAAAAUAAACAAGGGGCUCCACAGGGCUCUUUAUAACUAUUGUAGCUCAGUGUUCUUCAAGUAAGAAGGUGUUUGUUUCACAUAUUUGUAUAUUUAAAAAACAAAAUUUUGCCCAAGGGGUUAAUUUGUUGUGUUGUGCUGAUUAAAUUACUCAGCUGUUCUUUA